CAAAAAACAAACACUCUCUUCUCUUCUUCUUCUCUCUCGAUCUCUUCUCCUCCCAAAUCUUCAGAUCUCCGCGUCAGCAAAUUCGCCGGAGAAAACGAAGAAAAACCAAAAAAACCACCGUGAAAAACAUGAUUCCUUACGCCACUGUCGAGGAAGCUUCACUAGCGCUUGGACGAAACCUCACGCGGCUCGAGACCCUGUGGUUCGAUUACUCCGCCACAAAGUCCGAUUACUAUCUCUACUGCCACAACAUUCUCUUCCUCUUCCUCGUCUUCUCACUCGCUCCUCUCCCUCUCGUUCUCGUCGAAUUGGCUCGAUCCGCCUCGGGAUGGUUCGAUCGGUAUAAGAUCCAGCCUAAGGCUAAUUACUCCUUGUCUGACAUGUUCGGGUGCUACAGAGACGUCAUGAAGAUGUUCAUCCUCGUCGUUGGUCCAUUACAGCUCGUCUCUUACCCUUCGAUUCAGAUGAUUGGGAUUCGAUCUGGGUUACCAUUACCAACGAUUUCAGAGAUUCUGCCACAAUUGUUAGUCUACUUUUUGAUAGAAGACUACACAAACUAUUGGGUACACAGAUUCUUCCACAGUAAAUGGGGAUAUGAAAAGAUUCAUCGUGUUCAUCACGAGUACACAGCUCCGAUUGGGUAUGCUGCACCUUACGCACAUUGGGCUGAAGUGUUGCUUCUUGGGAUCCCAACGUUUUUGGGACCAGCGAUAGCUCCUGGUCACAUGAUAACUUUUUGGUUGUGGAUAGCUUUAAGGCAAAUUGAGGCUAUUGAGACUCACAGUGGAUAUGAUUUUCCAUGGAGUCCAACAAAAUACAUCCCUUUCUAUGGUGGUGCUGAGUACCACGACUACCAUCACUACGUUGGAGGACAAAGCCAAAGCAACUUCGCUUCAGUUUUCACUUAUUGUGAUUACAUAUAUGGAACUGACAAGGGUUACCGAUUCCAAAAGAAGCUUCUUGAGCAGAUAAAGGAGUCGUCCAAGAAGAGCAACCAGCAUAGCGGAGGAAUAAAAUACGAUUAAUAAAAAACUGGAGAAGUUAUUCAACCGGUUCAAAGAAAUGCUAAGUUACUUGGAGAAGUUGUAGGCAAAAUCUAGUCACCUUCACGGAAAAGAUAAGGGGAGUAGUAGUUGAUUUUUUUGGGGUGUGUCUUAUCUUACGUCGUCAGGAGUUGUUACUAACUACCUUUUAAUGUAUUUCUUAAGCUCACAUGAGAAAUGCUGCUUCCGACAAUUGUGGGUCAUGAUAUAUAGUGUGUCGGGACUGGGGUUUGGCUC